AUGCCAGUGGUCAAAGAACUCAUGAAAUUAAUUUGUGAGAAGUACAAGAAGGAUGGCAAAAGUUACACUGAAGAAUUCAGAUUUGGUAAGACCAAGAUUUUCUUCAAGGUUGGUGUUCUUGCUGAAAUUGAAGAGAUUAGAGAAAAUAGAGUCACUGAAAUUGUUGGUGGUUUCAUACGUGUGCAAAAGCCAUCGCACAAAGAAAGCUUAUUGAACAAAAACUCGAUGAACAUAUUGCCAUUAUUGUCAUUCAAGACACCAUUCACACUUGGUACCAAUUCAGAAAUUGGGUUUGGUUCAGAUUGUUCCAAAAGGUCCAACCAAUACUCAAAAGGAGAGGAGUCAACGAAGAACCGCAGCCAAGGACAAAGAAAUUGA